UGAUAGACCGUUGUGAGCUUUGCGCCAUCUCGUUAAGAUACACUACCAGAACCAACAACAGAGAGGGUCCUCCUCACCCUCUCACACCAGCCAUCCGCCAUGUUGCGGAAGAAGGACACCUUCACCGUCAUCACGCCCAUCCCGAGCUUUAUUCCGCGCCAACUGGCCAUCGAUAUCCUCCACUCGCACUCCGAGGUUAUCACAUUGAACCCGCUCGUCCUCUCACACAAGCCCAUUGCGGCCCCGCAGAAUGCCGAGACUGACGAGUACUACUCGACUUGGUACGAGAUCACGGAGCGCAUCCAGGUGCUCCCUGGCAUCGGCAAGAUGGGCGCUUCGACCAUCAAGUUCAACGGUUGCUUCCACAAUAUGCCGUGGGGCCUGCAGACUCACAUCUACGCCCCCAUGAACGUCGAUCUGCGCAACACCUACCGCAUCGCGGGGAACCAGCCGGGCGUUGAGCCGCCGGAACCCGCCGAGAUCGGCCUGAAAGCCCUCGGCGCCCCCUCGGACGGGCUGUACCUGCGGGAGGAUAUCGAGAUCAGGUGCAACGUGACGAUGCUCAACUUCGUCAAGUCGCAGCUGAAAAGGGCCGGCGCUGAGAUGGUGCGCCGCAUCAUCAAGAAGGCCGAAUUGCUCGAUGCCGGCGUUCUUCAGGCCAUGAUCGAAGACGGCAAGCUCAAAACACUCAAUCCGGCGGACCGAAGCCAGUCGGUCAGGUCACCCCUCCCGUCUCCCACCAACCUUCAUUACGCCCCCUCCGUCCGAGGCUCGCCGCCCAUCGGGUCGCCGCCAACUCCUUAUCAAGUCCCUCGGAUACAGUCGAUGUAUGCUCCGCCACCCGGUUACUACCGCCCAGGCACUGCAGGAUCACAGCAAGGCGGCGCGUACCACCCACAGGCCCCCGCCUUCGGUUUCGGAGCGCCCGACGGUCCCCAGGAGCUCCCGGCCGCGGAAGCAAACCAGGACCCGGUAGAAAUGCCCGGUGACUUUUACCAUGCGGCACCCAGUCUCCAGCCCGGCAGACAGUCACCCCAGCAAGCAGGUCAUUCUCCCCCUCUUCCAGGCAACCGGGACUCAGUCAUCGACCCUCGUCAGCACCCCAACACAAGCCCCAACCCGUCGGUUUCUGGACAAUGGACGACCCCAGUCCCCCGUCCCGUCUCCAUUUCCUCCAAUCUCGGUUCUCGAUCGCCAGGUCUCGACAGUGGGGCCUUUCCAGCACCGCUAGCACCCCACCGCGAGACAAAGGAGGAGCAUCAACACGAGAGACAGGCGGACGCCAAGCACACCUCGCAACCAACCCAGUAUGUCCAGUAUAACCCAGCCGACUACGCCAAAGCGCCGCCGGGACAAGCUCAGUACGGGCACGGGCAGUUGGGGCAGAGGUACAAUUACGCACAAUGAGCUGUUGGGCGACCCAUUUCCUUGUUACGAUAUGUGGGGGAUUCGUUGGCUUAUACCCGGGUGUUCUUUUGGUUCGCAGUUCCAAGAUUGAGGCGUUGGGCGUCGUGUAUUUCAAGGACAACCGGUAUAGCGAUGUGAUCUUCCUCGCAAAUACGCAUGAUCCUUCUGGGUGCACCAGCCUAACCUACGUACUACU